AGAUGGACCUUCAUUUAUUUGCGGUUUCUCCUUCUUCUUCAUAUUAAUGCAUUGUUUUGCACAUAAAACAUAACAGUUUCUUUCUGCAUUCGCGUGUUCUUAGCUUUCCCUUAAUUCCCGACCUUACAUUCUUAACUUCACCAACUCAUCUCCUCACCAAACAUAACAAAACCUACUUGUCUUUACUAUCUUGUUCUCUCUAAAACCCACUCUCCCUUCUUUCUCCUCUCACCACCACCAACACCAAUGACUUCACCGCCUUCUCCAACGCCUCCUCAACUCCUCCUCCUCCUCUUCGUCCUCGCCGCCAGCGCCGCCACGCCCUCCGCCCUCACCUGCACCACGCAGAGGCUCACCGACUCUGCCAACAAGCUUUUCGCCAACUGCGUGGACCUCCCCGUGCUGAACUCCUUCCUCCACUGGACCCAUGACGCCGCCAACGCCUCCCUCUCGGUGGCCUUCCAGGCGGCGCCGCCGAGCCCAGGAGGGUGGGUCUCGUGGGGGAUCAACCUGAAGGGGGUUGGCAUGGUGGGGGCGCAGGUGCUGGCUGCGUUCAAGGGCGGCGACCGCGGCGCGGUGACGGUGAACACGCUUGACUUGAAGUCAUACAGCGACAUUGUUCCCGGGAAACUGUCGUUCGACGUGUGGGAUAUGAGGGGCGAAGAGGUUGGAGGGGUGAUCAGGAUCUUCGCGAAGGUUAAGGUUCCGGAGAAGGUGGAGAGUGUCAACCACGUGUGGCAGGUGGGGCCCUCCGUUACCGCGGGGAGAAUAGAUAGGCAUGACUUCAAACCCGCCAAUUUGAAUUCCAAGGGUAUUCUUAGCUUCACUGGGGAACAGAGCAAUGUUGCCCCUGCUGUCGACCCCAUCACCAAGAAGAAAAAUAUUCAUGGAAUUCUAAAUGCUGUGAGUUGGGGUGUGCUGUUUCCCCUUGGAGUGAUGAUAGCAAGGUACAUGAGGAGUUUUCCAUCUGCAGAUCCAGCUUGGUUCUAUAUCCAUGUUGGUUGUCAAAUCUCUGCUUAUGCCAUUGGUGUUGCUGGAUGGGGAACUGGUAUGAAACUUGGAAGCCAAUCAGAAGGGGUUCAGUACAGUGUGCAUCGCAAUCUUGGAAUUGCCCUCUUUUGCUUUGCCACUCUACAGAUUUUCGCAUUGUUCUUGAGGCCAGUGAAGACUCACAAGUACAGGUAUAUAUGGAACGCGUAUCACCACUGCAUUGGGUACACUGUGGUUAUCUUGGGAAUCAUCAACAUAUUCAGAGGCUUCAGCAUCUUGCAUCCUGAACAGAAAUGGAAAACUACUUACAUUGGAGUGCUCAUUGCGCUGGGCGUAGUUGCCUUAUUCUUGGAAGUCAUCACAUGGAUUAUUGUGCUCAAGAGAAAGUCUAAUAAGUCUCCCUAAACUUAUCAUCAAUACAACACUGCACAAACCCAAACCCAUAUUUGUGAUUCUUCCCUUCACUGAACUUGCUCUUCCAUUUACCCCUUCUGUUUCCUUUUCUUAAAUUUAUCACAUAUCUUUGUAUAAGCUUUGGUGAUUAUAAAGUAUAGAUUUUUCA